GCCAGGAUUUUACCCAUCAUGUUCCCGGCGCUUUACCGCAACUCCAAGAGCCACUGGAACAAGACCAUUCACGGUUUGAUCUAUAACGCACUGAAGCUCUUCAUGGAGAUGAACCAGAAGCUGUUUGACGACUGCACACAACAGUUCAGAGCCGAGAAGAACAAAGAGAAAGCCAAGCUGAAAGAACGAGAGGAGGCUUGGAUGAAGAUCGAGAAUCUGGCCAAGUCAAACCCGCAGUGCGUUUUGUAUGUUGAUCCGUCUGGACUAAACAGUCCUGUAGAAAUGGAGACGGACGGCCCCUUUAUAGAAGAUGUUGAGAUGUUAAAAAAGACAGUGCAGUCCAGAGCCGUUCAGAUGUCGAGGGAGCAGAGGAAGGAGCGGCCGCUCGUCCGGCGUAAAUCUGAACUGCCUCAGGACUCGUACACCGCGAAAGCCUUGGAGACGCACCGGCGCGCCGAAGACUCUCUCAACAACCACUCCGGCCACUAACUCACGCCACGCUCUCAUUCUCAGGUUUUCCUUUGGGAGGCUCAACAUUUCCGGUGUUUCUUGACUCUCUCUUCCUGUCGUUCGCACCUCACUCUCGGUCCGGACGGGUGCGACGGCAGCACGAGACGGAAGCUUUCUUUGCUUUUCAGAUUUCUGUUUAUUUUCAGGGACGGUUGCCAGUGCCAAUACUGUCAUGUUUAUUAGCUUCCUGUAAACAUUGCAUAGUUUUAUUUGUAUGAUUUCUGCUGAGCUAAUGUGGUGUUUCAGACUAAAGCACGUCAUGCGUUAUCUCUGUGUGAUCGCUCAGAUCUGAUGACUUUGAGUUCGUACACUUAACUGAGUUAGUACACUUGUGUGCCAUAAUGAACUCUUGACCGUUUAGUUGAACAUUGUGUCUUGAUUUAAUCUGGAGAAUCUUCCGCUCGUUGUGCCGUUUCACUGGUUCAAACACAAACACCGGUCACAUUUCUCCAGCAGAUCAGCGACACGGCCUGGAGCGCGAAACCAUGUGCCGUGUGUGACGUCAUCAACCGUCUGAAUGUUACGAUCAUUCCCAGCUCACAGAUUCAUCCGACACCGGAGCUCUGGGAUCCGUUCGCUGCCGCCGUGCCGUUCGGACUGUGACUCUCAUCCGUCAGGCUUUUCCAGAAGGAUCUCUGUGCCUUUCAGCAGCUGCGACGAGUGAUUCUGUGAUGAGAGUCGGUUCACUGGAGCCUUCGGUCCGUUCGGAUGAAUCCAGAUUCAAACGCAGCAGUGUGACCGACGUCGACGCUUCGAUUGUUCAUUUCCAUCUGGAUGUUUUCAUGUUAUUUUAUUGAACUACCUAGAAGCACUUCCUGAAAACUUGAAAACUAUGUUGUGUGAGUGUGUGUGUGUGAAUGAGUGUGUGAGUGAGUGUGUGAGUGAGUGAGUGAGUGAGUGUGUGUGUGUGUGUGUGUGAAUCAGUAGCAUGCUUAUUAUAGUCAUUUCUGUACCGUUGUUUGAACUUCUGUAUGUUUUACUCACUGCAUUUUCUUUCCACAUAUAAUAAUUCAUGCAGUAUGUGAGUAUAUAAAUGUUGAUGUAUAAAAUAA